AUGGAGCACUUGGAGGUGUCGAACUUGCUGUCAAGCAUCUUCCGUGCUAAAGAAGAACGAAAGGUGGCCAAGAGGCGGCGAUGGACUGCUGCCGAAAGUCCAGGCGGCAAGCCGACCAUGCCGGAAAAUCUUCAGGACGAUGACCUUUCCGGUCCCUUCAGCGAUGUCAAUGUGCAACUUUCGUGGGCCUUCGGUCUCCAGAAAGGUGGGAUGCAACCUGCCGAAUUCGGCACGGAGGCUGCAGAGCUGCAAAAAUGGGUUCGAGAGGUCAUGUCCGGUGACCCCGUGGCGGAAGCUGAAGCGCUGCCCGAUGCCAUGUGGGCGGCACAACUGGCCAAAAGAGCCGUGGAGUCGUCGCCGCAGAAGGUGCGCCACAGUCCAUCCUCCAGUCCCAAAGCUCCAGGACCUGGGAUGGGCUAUGCGGAGCAGCCGAGUCCGACCGCGGUUGUCAGGCCGGCCAUGCGAGCUCCACGGCCGGACGGUGAGGCAUCUCCCGAGCACAGUGGAGCUGAGGACCCGAGUCACUUCGAUACUCUGGUUGGCCUCGUGAGCAACGUCGCAGGUCACCAAGUGGCCCAGCAGAUGGAGCGAAGCUUCGAAGCCGCGCAGCAACUGGCGCAGCAGGCGCGUGCUGCUUCGAAGGUUCGCAUGGACGGACGCGGCAGUGGGGCAGACAUGCCAGCUGCCCCGACUUUCUCCAGAAGACUGCAGGAGGCCGGAGCCGUCAUCAACUUCUUCGCAGAUUGGGCGACAGGCAACGCUGCCGACCCUUCGCGAGAGGGCGAGGGCGAGGAAGUGUAUGGCUUUCCCCGAUCUUUGCCACCUGACAAGGACAUGAAGGAGAGUGCUGGAGGAAACGCCGAGCCCGGCAAGGUCGGCUCGGUGGCAAGCCGGGAUGUGCGGAGAGCCAAGUUCCAGGAAGCCUUCUCCAGCUACUUGCAGCAGAAGGCGCCGGAGUUCCAGUCCCCGGAGAAGUUGUCGCGUGCUCCGCCGAUUUCGGUGGCGCCACCGCGGGCAGCAGCGCCGGAGGAUCCAGAGCCUCCGUCGCCGCCGCCGGCACCGCCCACCCGGCAGGCGUUGCUUCAGGAAGCGCUGGGAGCAUCCGAGGACGAGGAGGUCGAAGCGUUGGAGCCCUGCACCGUGCCCUACGGUGUGUUGGCGCAGGUGACUUCCCUGGCAGGUGGCUCUGUGCGUCUUUCCUGGCUGUUUGACUGGGAGAGUGCGCCUGCCGAGAUAGCCAGGGAGGAGUGGGCCGUGCGAGGCUUCGAGGUCCAAGCGCACUCGGAGGAGGACUCUGAGAAUCUGGAAGUUCUUUCAUUCUCGAAGUCGCCGGCUACCUUCGAGCUCCCAGCAGGGCAGAGAUACCGGCUUCAGGUUCGGGCGAUCCUGUCCGAUAGCAGACAAUCAGGGGCCACGGCCUCCUGGACUUCGGCGCUCUCCAGCGCGGUCAGCGCCGAUUUGCGAGCACCCACUUCACCAGUCAAGGCUUCCCAGGCCACCUCGCCCAUGUCUCUCUCGAGUGAGGCUUCGGCAAAAACGCCCAGCCUGCAAGUGCCGAAGGCCAAGGCCAGGGGACGUGUGGCCGCCAACUUCGGGGCUUUCAUGGCGGCAGCUACUCCGGGCACGUCUGCCCCGAACACCGCUGCGGCGAAGGUCGUGAUGGGCGGUUCAGUUCGGCAACAGGCACGAACCGAUCCGUUGGUUGCGAACAACCCACGGGUCGUUGCUGCUGGGCCGGCAGACGCAGCCAGUGAGAAGGCCGAGAUGGCAGAGAGACUGCGCAAGCGCGGGCAGAGUGGGGAGACCUCCAACGCUCACGUCGAGAUGCAUCCGCGUUCUUCGAGCUUUGACUCCGAUGACGAGAGCCUGGCGAAGUUGUCAAUGGCACUCCGAAGCUUGGAGAAGAACACUGCGGCCAGAGAAAAGCGGCAGCUGCAGGAGGUUGCCAGCGAGGCGGCCCACCAGUUGCCGGAGCGAUUGGAGGUCAUCGAGCAAUGA